AUGACAGAGGUAUCUAAUGCAAAUGACGUAUCAAAUAUUGAGAUAAGUAAAGAAACUUCUCCGGAAACAAGCAUUCCGACUAUUCCUGUUAAUUCAAAAGAUAUAGAAAACGAGAAAACGAAUCUUUACCUGAG